GGUUUAGCUAAAACCCUACACACUAGGUAAACCAUUCAGUUUCCUUCCUUGAUUAAAGCUGUGAACAGACCCCAGACCUUCAUCUCUCUCUCUCUCUCUUUCUCUCUCUCUCCAUUGUUACUCUCCAUUCCUCUCCCCCUGGUGAUACCGCUCCACUCCUCUCUGGUGCUCCACACCUCUACUUCUCUCCAUUCCUCCUCAUCCUGUGUGGUAGGGCAGAUGUGCUCCAUAGGUUUUGCGCGGUCGUUGGGCUUUGCCCUUCUGCCCCUGGCUGUGUGCUGUAUCAUGGCCAACAUCCUGCUGUUCUUCCCUGGAGGAGAGAUCCAGUAUGUCCAACAGGAGAGACUGUCCAGGCUGAUCUGGUUCAUGAUGGGAAUCGGAGGGGGAGGUGUGUUGAUGUUCCUGCCUGCUGGAGUGUUCAUCAGCCUGGGGAAGUGUACAGGCUGCUGUUGGAAUGAAAGCUUCAUGAUGUGUGGGUCGGUAAUGGCAGCUCUAGUGGGUCUGGCCGGCUCGGGAUACUGUUUCAUCAUCUCAGCCAUGGCCAUGUUGGAGGGACCUCAGUGCUUCACUGCUCUGGGAUGGUCUUAUCCCUUCGCCAAUGAGGGAGGAAGGUACCUAAUGGAGAAGGACACGUGGUCUAAGUGCCUGCAGCCUGUCAGCGUUGUAGAGUGGAACGUGACCCUGAUGUCUAUCCUGCUGGGCCUCAGUGGGCUGGAGUUCAUCAUAUGUGUCCUGCAGGUCAUCAAUGGGCUGGUGACAGCUGUCUGCAGACCCUGCUGCUACAAGCAGGACUACACCCUCAAUGCCUAAACACACACAUAGAUGAGACACACACACACACACGCAGAGACACACACACACACACGCAGAGACACACACACACAGACACCUGCACACACACACAAAAUUUGACACACACACAUGUAAAUUAUACAUACACACGCAUGCAUAUAACAUAAGAUUGAUGUGCAUACACAUGAUAUGACACAUAAGACACAUGCACACACAUACGAUACACGCCAGGAGCGUGUACAAUGCCAUCUGUUUAACAUUGCUUUCCAAACACUCCUGGGGGCGCAUCUCAAUAGUCCAACUUCCUCUCCUCGUAUCCUACAUAGUCCCUGGGCCAGUUUCUAAUCAGAAAGUGUGAUUAAUAAGCGAAUGCUGUCUCAUCCCUGUAUGAGGGAGAGAUACCUGUCUGAAAGUUCAGUUAAUUUAUAGUAUUCAUUUCAAAGCACUGUAUUAGAAAUACACUGAAUGAAUGUGUGUAUAAUACAGACCGGAACUGUAGUAUUUUUUAUGUCUUAAGUCUACAUUUUACUAAAGCACAAAAGUAUAUAUUUUUUUGUAUGAGAGUUUUGUCUUUUGUAUUACUGUUUUCAUUUUCUGAAAAUUGUUGUCUCGCAGAUGCUAAAUUGUUAAGGCCAUUUUAUAUAUUUAGUGCAUUUGUCAUAUAUUUUAGUGUUUGUGCUGCCUUAACUAAAUACGUAUUUUCCAUUUUAAUUGUUCUGAUUAUAAUUUUUUGUAAACAUACAUUUGUCAACGCUGUAUACUUUGAUACGGGUUAACGGGUUGGUUGGUUAGCAACAAAACUGACACGUGCGCAACUAUGGGGCAAAACAAACAGGGUUGGCUUAGAUUGUUGAAAACAUGUCA